AUGUUCCUUGAUCUCUCCAACAACAAAUUUGAAGGUGUCAUCCCUGACGAGAUCAGUGACUUAAAGUCUCUCAAGGGGCUCGACCUAUCCAAUAACUCCUUCAUCGGCGGGAUCCCUCCCCGGGUCGUGAACAUGGUGCAGCUGGAGUCACUUGAUCUCUCCUUCAACCAGCUUUCCGGAGAGAUCCCUCCUUCCAUGGCACUCAUGUCAUUCCUUGAGGUGCUUGACCUCUCCUACAACCACCUGUCAGGGAUGAUACCACAGUCCAGCCAGUUCUUAACGUUCCCGGUCACAUCAUUUGUAGGGAACGAUGGGUUGUGUGGGAAGCCGCUUCCACUACUGUGUGACGUGAGCCAGGCACCCUCAACUGCUGCUACACACGUCUGUUCUUCAUCUUCUAAAGAGUUCAACUGGGAAAUUUUGUCAGUUGAGGCAGGGUUCCUUUCAGGCUUGGCCAUCGUGGUUCUAACCACAUUGCUAUGGGGCAACGGGAGGAUGUGGGUGUACCAGCAAGUGGACAAGCUUCUGUUGGAUGCUCUGCAUCCAUGGAUCCGUGGCCAUCACCACUAA